AUGAGCCCCGGCGCGGCCUUUGUACGUGGCUCACACGAGGGCAGGGUCGUCAAUCGUGAUCUACUUCCCUUGCCUCACUACCGCCUGCCGAGCAUGGGCAGCGACGAUGGCGGUCAGCCAAAGUCUCGUCGGGGGCAGCGCCGCCGAGGGGAGCGGGCUCAUUGCGAAGACUGGGCUCGCUGCUGCGCGAUCACGCUGAACGAGCUCGACCGCGGGUCUGCCGAUCCGCAUCCUCAGGGACAGCGGGCCAGUGCCGGGCAGGAGCGCAGCUUGGGCAUGAUCCAGGCUGCGGUAGCUGAGCUCGGACGGCCGCCCGCCGACCUGACUCGCCAGGGAGCCCUCGCGGGGCUCCUGGCCAAGCGCAGCUACACCGGCGAGAAGGUGUCUGCCGCUCGGCUCGACAUUUCUCUCUUGUCCCUGCCUGCUGGUGGGGACGGUCCUCGAGCGCUGACAACCUUGCUCGGGGAUGAGGGCCCAAUGGUAGUCGAUGCCUUUCUGAAAGACAAAGUCUUGCCUCCAUCGGAGGCGGCGGCGCGGGUGGCCGAGUCGGCCUUGAAGCGUCCGUACUACGAUCCUUCGCUGCAGGGGAGGCCGCGCCGGUAUGCGCGCCUCCUCGUGGCCCUUGACGGCGCGGGCAUGCUCGAGUGGAGGCGGCGCGGGUCGCCCCGAGUAGGCUUGUUUACUGUUUGGAAAAAGAACGGCAAGCAAAGAUUGAUUGUCGACGCUCGGUUGUCUAACUUGUGCUUCGCUUCUCCUGAUCCUGUCGACCUUGCCACAGGCGGAUCUUUCGCGUCCCUCGAGGUUGACCCUGGGCCCCCAGUGUGCCUUGCUCAGGUCGACAUCCAGGAUGCCUUUUACCACCUCCUCCUCCCUCCUGAGCUCGUCCCCUUUUUCUGUCUCCGCCCUGUCACCGCUGGGCUCGCCGGAGUCGUUGAGCUCGACGGCGCCCCUGUCUCUCCGACCCAGCUCGUGUACCCACACCUGCGUGUUGUGCCGAUGGGGUGGAAUCGCGCCAUGUGGUGGUGCCAGCGAAUUCAUGAAUUUCAUGCCUUUCGGCAGCCCGGCGUGUCCCUCUCUAACAAGCUCUCGGAUAAGAAACCCGGGGUGCGUCUGGGCCGCUCGGGGUUUGCUCACACUGAAUACGUAGACAACUUCGCGGCCAUUGGGCGCCAGGCCAAGGAGGUCGACGCUGUGGCCGAUUCCGUUUUAGACGCCCUGACCGCCGCUGGGCUCAGCAUGCAUCCUCGUGAGAGCUCAGUCGGUGGGUCCGUCUUGGGAUGGGAAUUCAGUGACGAGUGCCCUCAGGUUCGUGUGAGCCCUCGCAGAGCGUGGAGACUCCGACUCGGCAUUGAGGGGCUCCUAGAGAAGGGCUUUGCUACAGGCAGGGACCUCGAGGCCAUCAUAGGACAUUUCACGUUCGCCGCUCGAAUUCGGCCAGAGGCUUUGUGCGUGUUCUCUGCUGCGUACGCCUUCAGUCAGCGGGGGGAGCUGAACUUAGCCGCGGCGGCCGGUCUGGACGACCUGGAUCGCCUCGGGACGGCUCGGCACCUGGAAGCCCUCGGCGAGGUGGAUCGGAGCGGGGCCGUCCCGGAGAUCGGGCCCGAAAUCCUUCAGGGAUCCUGGACCACCGUUUCGGCCGGUCGCUGGAAGCGUCGGUGGGCGAUGCCCAUCUUGGAAGGGCGCGCUCUGGUCUGGGGGGUCCGGCAUGUGAGCCGGGGUUUAAGCGAGUUUGGCAAGCGGAUCCUUUUUCUGACCGACGGGUUGUCCGAGGUCCUGGCCCUUGAGAAGGGCCGAUCGUCGAGCGUGGCCCUGAUGAGAGUGUGCAGGCAGUGGGCGGCGACGGUGUUUGCGGCCGAUCUGUAUCCUCGGGUUCGGUGGAUUCGGUCUGAGUUGAAUGUGGCCGACGAGCCUUCUCGUCGCUAUCAGCCGAAGCCAUUUGGGCUCAAACCUGGGUGCUUUCGGCCUCCGCCAGGUCUGCCUGAGCCGGAUGGCGACCGGCCUCCCGCGGCCACUCGCAGGUGCCCCGAUCCCGUCGGCCCCGUGGGAUGCGGUCCUGGCGACCGACAGCCUGGUGAGGCCGGGCGGGGCUGCGGAGCGGCGACCCGUCCAGGGCGAGCCGCCGACCCUGUGGCGAGCGGCGGCGCUGUCACAGGCUGGUGCGCGACCGCGCCCACCCCAUGGGCGGGCCCGGGCAAAGGCAGCGGCGAGACAAGCCAAGCCUCGGCCCGAGGAGCUGGCCACGAGGGGGGAGCGCGCCGCUGCCCGGCAAACGAAUUUCCCCGUGGACAAGCGGGCGACCGUCAGCAAGGGCCCCUCGCUGCUCGAGAGGGAGAGCGCGGGCGACCACGACCAGCGGGUCUACCAGUCGGCGCUCGUGGAGUUCGGGAUCUUCUCCGAGACCCUGGGCCUGCGCCUCGAGACCGCUCAGGACGGCGACGAGGCAGCCGUGGAGUGGACCUACCCCGCUGUCUUCGACGGCAGCGACGCGCUGGAGGGGACAAGGCUCAAGGCGCGGCUGCUGUACUACUACCCGCGGCUCCUGUCCGCGGCUGGGCUGCCCCAGUUCAGCCGGGCGCUGAGGGAGUGGAGGCGGCUGGGGUCGCCGCGGAGCCAGCUGCCGCUGCCGGGGGAGGUCGCCUGCGCGGUGGCACACAGGCCCGCGGCAAACCAGGACCUGCACGCCGCCCGCCUCGUCUUUGUGAGCUUCGUGGUCGGCCUGCAGCCCGCGGAGCUGAUGUCGCUGACCGGGCGGCAAGUGGUGCCGCCGGCGCGGGCGGCUGGCCACACCGCGCGGUCGCUAGUGCUGUUUCCGAUGGAGGAGAAGACGCCCAGCAAGGACGGCGCCUUCAACAGGAGCGUGCUGGGCGACCUGCCGUUCUGCCACCUCAUCAGGGACGUGCUGAAGCCGCUCGAGGCCGGCGUCAACGACAGGGACCUCGUGGCGCAGGUGCGGUACGUGCAGCUGGCGCAGGCGCUCGGCACGGCGGACCAGCGGCUCGGCCUCGAGGGCCCGCCGGGCCUGUACCAGCUGCGGCGCGGCGGAGCGCCCGUCGGCCUGGCCAGCUACCGCCGCAGCAUCGCGGAGGUGAGGGCUCGCAGCCGCUGGGCAAGCGACAGCUCGGUGACGGGGUACGGCAAAGGAGGCCGCGUCGCCGACCAGCUGAUCAAGUUGCCACCGCCGUCGCUCGACCACGCCGUCGUCCGCGCCAAGAAGCAUGGCGACAUCCUCUGCGAGCACUGCCGGCCUUUGCCGCCCGUGCGGGCGGGGCCGUAGCGCUCGAGGUGUUCAGCGGCUCCGGCAACUUCAGCCGGGCCUGGCGACGGCGGCAGCGCGCUCUAGGCUAUGCUAUUUUCGAGUGGGACAUCCGCUGGGGAGAGGAGUAUGACCUCACUCGCCAGCGGACGCAGCGCCUGGUGCGAGGCUGGGUCAACAACGGGCUGAUUGCUGCCGUCUGGCUGGGCACCCCUUGCCACAGCUGGAGCCGAGCGCGGGACAUUCGACCAGGGCCUCCGCCCUUGCGAAGUGACCUGCACGUGAUGGGGUUGCCCGACCUAGCGCCCCGUGACGCUGAAAAGGUUAGGAUCGGCAACGCCCAUAUGAAGUUUUCAGCCUCGCUAUUUUCUUUGUGCCAAGCCGUGCGCGUGCCAGUAGCUAUUGAGAAUCCUCACAUGUCUAGAAUUUGGCUGACGUCUCAGUUCAGGAGAUUGCAAAGAAAAUGCCGCUCUGUCGUGUUAGACUUUUGUCAAUUCGGCCAGUCAUGCCGAAAGCGCACUCGCAUCAUAUACGAUCAUGUGGACCUCCAACCUUUACAUCGCCUCUGUCGUGGCCCCCGCGGGAUCUGCUCCCGCACGGGCCGCCCUCAUGAUCAGUUGCAGGGCAAAAAUGCAGACGGCAUUUUUCACACGCUCUUGGCCGAAGCUUACCCAGCUGAUUUGUGCACUAGCAUCGUCCGUUGCUUCCAGCUGGCGCUUGCAGAAAAGAAAGUUCAGCGAGUACAGACAAUUUGGUGCGGCUGA